CACGGUCGCUUACAUCGCAGAAAAUCUACAUCCGGUUUUCAACACGUGUUGUUUGUGAAAUGACAUGUUGUGGUAAAUUAUAGAAAUGGGGAUGGAGACUCAGCAAACACAUAGACCAGGACAGUGGAAACAACAAAAUAAAACCCACAAACACGGAAAACAUAGGAGUAAAGGCCAAUUAGAAAGGGAAUCCCAAGGCAGAGUAAAUGUAAAGACAUUGUCAAAAAGAAAUAAACAACAAGCAAGAAAGAAUGACAGAAGACAUCAGGCCCAGCAAUUACGAAAGCAAAAGAGAGAUGAGGUGUUGGAGAAGAAAAGGAACAGGGGAUGUCAAGGAUCACCCCCACAUUUUGUGGUGAUAUUGCCUCUUCAUAAAAAUGUCACCUGUGAUGCAGUUUUGGAAUUGUUAAAGAAAUGUGAUGAAACAGCAGUGAUUUCUCACAAUGAGCAAGGUGUCUCUCAUAUCAGUAUACCAAGAUUUAAACAACGGUUGUCAUUCUUCAUACCGGAGUAUGGCAAUCUCCAUGCUGUCCUGGAUGCAGCCAAAAUUGCAGAUUCCUUGUUGUGUCUCAUGUCCCCAGAGGGCGCUGUUGACAGUGUGGGGGAGCAUUGUAUCUCAUGUUUAUAUGCACAGGGGCUUCCUGCAGUAACAUUUGCUGUACAGGGUCUGAAGACAUUAAAUAUGAAAAAACAAAAUGAAGCAAAGAAAAUCAUUCAGAGACAUAUAGACAAAAGGUUUCCUGCAGAGAAAUUCCAUGCUAUAGACUCGCCCCAGGAUGCUCUACUUAUACUGCGGCGGAUCACCAGCCACAAGCUGCCCCCAGUUUUCUUUAGAGACAAUAGGCCACAUCUCUUGGCUGAAAACGUUGAGUUUGAAAUUGAGAAUGAAGAGAGUGAGGUUGGGACACUGAAGUUGUCGGGGUACCUGCGAGGGCGAUCACUGUCUGCUAACGGGCUCAUCCACUUGCCAGGAUGGGGUGACUUUCAGAUGUUACAAAUUGAUGCACCUAAUGACCCCCAUCCCUUCAAUCAGAAACUUGUCCAAGAUUCACGGAAACAAAAUGGUCUGGAUGUGGAUAUGGACGGAGAAAAGGAAGAGGUGAGGAUGUUGGAGAAGGCUGAUCCCAAACACCAGGAGUCCCUACAGAGUGAGGUAAUACCGGACCCGUUAGAAGGGGAACAGACCUGGCCUACAGAGGCAGAGAUGGCUGAGGCUGAACAACAAUCCAAAAGGAAGACAAUAAAGAAAGUACCAAAAGGUACAUCAGAAUACCAGUCGGCCUGGAUACUGGAUGAUGAUGAUGAUGAUGAUGAAGAUGUGGUUAAUACUAAGGGAGCUUCAAAGGAACAUCAAAUGGAUGAUGAAGACGAUGAUGAAGAUGAGGAUGAAGAUGAUGUGGACAUGGAAGCAGAGGAGGAAGAAGACUCGGACGGGGAUGAAGAAGCAUCUGGUGAUGAGGAAUUUGAAACCUUAACUGUGACAGAGAACAAUGAUGCUGAAAGAUAUGAUGAAAAUAUGGACAUGGAUGAAGAAAAAGCCAUGUUUGAGAAGAUGAAGGAGGAGAAGCUACAUGUGAUGUUCCCAGACGAGGUUGACACACCAAUGGAAAAGGUUGCUAGGCAGAGGUUUGCCAGGUACCGUGGCUUGCAGAGCUUCAGGACGACCUUGUGGGACCCCAAAGAAAACCUUCCCUUGGAUUAUGCAAGGAUAUUUCAGUUUGGAAACUUCAAGAAGACGAAGAAGAGAGUCCUAAUAGAGGAAAAUGAUGGAGGUGCAAUGACUGGUUGGUACAUCACUGUGCAUGUAGCUAACGUUCCCAGGGAGUUUAUGGAAUCCUACAAACCUGGAUCACCAGUGGUGCUGUUCGGGCUGUUGCAGCAUGAACAGAAAAUGUCCGUCUGCAACUUUGUGAUCAAGCGUUGUGGAGAAUCAAGAUUUCCAAUCAAGUCGAAAGAAAGACUUAUAUUUCAUGCUGGUUUCAGAAGAUUCUCUGCUUGUCCGAUAUUUUCACAACACACAAAUGGGAAUAAACACAAGUUUGAGAGAUUUCUAUACCAUGAUGUGGCUGCCAUGGCGACCAUCUAUGGUCCAAUCAUGUUUCCUCCAUCACCGGUGCUUGUGUUCAAGGAAAUGGGAACAGGAGCACAUGAAUUGGUUGCCACUGGUUCUCUGUCAUCGGUCAACCCCGACCGUGUGGCGGUGAAGCGUGUCGUACUGAGUGGAUACCCAUUCAAAAUCAACAAACGUUCUGCUGUCAUUAGAUACAUGUUCUUCAACACAGAGGAUAUCAUGUGGUUUAAGCCUGUGGAACUGCGGACGAAAUGGGGAAGGAGAGGAAAUAUUCGUGCUACCCUUGGAACACAUGGCCACAUGAAGUGUGUGUUUGAUGGUCAGCUGAAAUCACAGGAUACAAUAUUGAUGAACUUGUACAAGCGUGUGUUCCCCAAAUGGACCUACAACCCUUAUGUCCGUUGUCCUCCCUCUAUCUGUGAUACAUGUGAUGAUGAUGAAGAUGAGGAGGAGGAGAAGGAGGGAGAGGACAUGCAAGCAUACAAGAUGUUUGACUGAGGAACACACUACAGCCAAACAAAUUGUACUACCCCCUGUGUUAUUGACAGGCAGAUCUCAACCUGCAGGACUGAUCCAGUUCAAGACUUCAAUAAUAAAUUAUUUAUUCUUAACUUCACAUUAAUUCGGUAGACAGUGUUUUUCUUCGUUCAACAGGUAUAAUUGAUUGAAAUAAUUUUCUGAAAUAUCUUAAAGAAUUUAUUAUAGACAUCAUCAAGUUUAUUUGUCACAAGAAAAGUGUUGAUGUUUACCAAUGUGCAGAGACUUUGAAAUCUGGUCAUUAAUCAUAAAUGUGGAAAACAAACAUGAGUGGAGAUAUAUAUGUCCAGUGGGGAAGUAACAUCUCUGCAAGAGUGGUAAGAAUUCCUUUGACAAUAGUUAUUCUAAACUGAAAUGUGUUACAAUAGUACAUCUUUAAUAAUAAUAGAUGUGACUAGUUAACAUUUCCAGUACAAUGAGUUACAGAUUUAUGACUUGUUGAAAUCUGUUUGUGUCCAUUACAACGCAAUUAUUUGUUAAAUGUACAUCAAAUGUAAAUACAAUUUUAACUGAU